AUGCGUCAAUAUGCAACUAGAACAAAAUUUUCCAAAACCUCGACUAUUUUAAAUAUUUUAGAGCCAUCACGUACGGACCCACAAAAUAUUGAACAAGAUUCUCCAAUCAUAUCAGACGUUUGUAAUCAAGAAUGUGAGCCGUUAUUUCAGCAUUGUUGCUCCAAAUGGCUAGUAAUACCUGCCUAUCUUAUUUUGUUCGGAUUGCUUCAAUUUGUUUACCUCACUAAUCGAUCUGUCGAUCAAUUUAAAAAAAAUAUCGCACCUGAUUUUGUAUGUUUCAAUCCAAGACGAUGUCGUGCAUUAGCAUCGAGAGUUACAUCUAUAGAUCUAAUUAUUGAACUAACAUGUUGCAAUCGUUUAAAUUUAACCAGCAUUGUGGAAUUCAACGACUUUAAUGAAACAAUGAAAAAAUUCUCACUGAUGAAUGAAUAUUGUUUAAAAAAUGGUAAUGAACAAUCAUGUGAAGAUACAUCUUAUUUUCAUUGCAAUCAAUCGAAGAAAUGCAUUCCUUAUCAUCGUGUUGCUGAUGGUAUAGCUGAUUGCUAUUUUCACGAAGAUAAAAAAUUUAAUGCUUGUCAAUUGAACGAGUCAAAAAGAUUUAAAUGUCCUUCAGAUGUAAACAUAUGUUUACCACCAGUUGCCAUCGGCAACGAACAGCCAGACUGUCCUUUAAGAGAAGAUUCGUAUAUACACAUGAAUCGUUCAUGUUAG